AGCCUCGGAGGAAGAACGGACAGAGAAUUUCAUUUUUCAUGCGUUCAUUCUAGAAGCAUCUAGGUAGCCCCUGACAGUUGAUCUCAGACUUCCUAGGGCUUCAGGUCCAGCUGCGGAGCUCGCUUAAAAUCACAUUCCCAGGCAUCUCCCCAGGGACUGGGUUGGGAUUAGAUCUCAGGGAGCAGCAUUUGUGAUGGACACGGCUGCUGAGCUGUGUGCAGGGGAGCACUGUCUAGGGAGUCACAGCCAGUGAGAAAUCCAGUAAAAAAAAAAAAAAAAAUGUGAAGGGAGUGGCUGGCUGGGAAGAGAAGGCUGAGAGGGUGACACAGAGACCAGAAUGUGGGGCCAGACAUCCUGCCACUGCCCGUACACACCCAGGGUAGCAUCAACGGACCCCUGCCCUCGCUUCACCAGGGACCGGAUUUUGGUAAGAAGGGACCUAGCGUUCUGAGUGUUUAUUAUCAAGGUGCUUAUUCAUUGUGAGGGUGGCCAGGUGGCCACAGGGGACACUAACUAGGGAGAUACAUCUGGCUCUGCUCAGGUGCCCCUAGACUCACCCGCUUUGGUGCCACCUAAGCCCACAGGUGGGCUUACAGGAGACGGGUGUGGCUUACAGCCCUCGCUUUGAGUCCUGGCUCCGGGCGGGUCAGCCCAGCCCCGGGCUGCGAAACCGGACGGUGAUAGCAACUUUGCAGCAUUGUCUUUUCCCAUUCACCCUGGGUCUUGAAGACGGCCAGGGGACAAGGUGGUACUUUCGGCUUGGCCCCAGUGCCAGUGUGGCAUUCAGCUCCUUGGCCAGCCUCACUUUGUUCGUCGGGCAGUCGCUCUGGCCCUGGUGGCCGGGCACGAGCGGAGGCUACAGACACAUUUUGCUGUGUGCUGCUGCCCGGGGCCAGAAGGGACAGAGACAGGGAGAGCUCAAGGAGGGGCUCUGUCGGGGGCCGGCAGAGGGUCCCUGCAGCCAGCAAGUGCUUCCUGGGGGUCAGCCACGCACCCACCGCUGGUGCGGCUCCGAGUGAGGUGCUGGCUGGCUCCCAGGGCCCAGGCCAUUUGGUGCAGAAACGUCAUCAGUGCCCCAGCAGCCGGGGGUUUCCAGGGCGACUGGAGGAGUGUCUGGGCACCCAGGGAUGAGCCAUCUCUCCCAGACACCGGUGCCCAGACGCCACUUUUGCCCCCAUCCGGCCCGUGGGCUGAGGGAGGGAGCUCCACGGAGGGGGAGCCAGCCUGUCUGGACCCCCAGAAGUCAGGAUGUGCCGGGAGCUUAGAGCUUGAGCACCACAGAAUGGAGUUCAUCCCUGGCCACUUGCUGGCUCUGUGGCCUUGAGUAAGCGCCUAACCCCGGGGCCUCAAGCUUGGGGCCUUUUGGGGGCUGUGAUUAUGAGGUGAGGUGGCUCCCCCUCUACCCUGAACGUUUUAUUGCCACAAAGACACCCCGUCUCUGCGGCUCAGGCCGCUUGGUUCCUGCGUCACGUUUGUCUCUGGGACUGUGAGCCCCUGUAGCCCCUGUCACACGCAGACGCAAUUGGCGGUUGCCCUGGCAACGGCUCAAGCAGUGGCUGCUCCCUUGCUUUGGGGGGCCGGGGGGGGGGGUAGCAGCCUCUUCCCCACAGCUAGAGAGGAGGGGGGUGCCCUGAUGCCCGUCCCCUUAGGACCUCGCUGCUGGCGGUAGGGGCAACAGCUUCCAGAGCCACAUGCCCCAGCCGCUGAGCCCCGUCCACACAUCCUCCCGAUCUUUGAAGGGAGGCUCCCGGGGGAGGCAGUAAGAAAUACGAGGAAGGUGGGGGCCUCGUUUCAGGGCCAUGGGCCAGUUGUCCUUUCUGUCCCCAGCUCUCGAGUCUGGUCAGAUGAGACCCUCUGAGCCCAGCAUUCCGUAGAACCAGGGCUGGGGCACCAGGGGGUAGGAGGAUGUGCCAUCUGCAGUGGUGGCCUGAGCAGGGACGGCAGCGCAGGGACCGGUGAGAGGCAGACAGACACAGCUGGGAGCAGGGAUCCGGUUUGUUGAACAAAAUCUGUAGAACUCAUGAGGUGCCGUCUGCCCUGGCCCCAGCGCUCCCAACACGGCACAGGAUUCUAAGGAGGAGGGAGCAGACGUUAAGUAGAGAUGUGCAGGAACACUAACUGCCCAUGAGAUCGGGGGCAGGUAUAGUUGGAGUGGGCUGAGUCCCCAUUUCCUGUUUUGUCCAGUGAGAACGACAGUGCUUCUCUGCACGGCUGUGCCUGGGCUGGAGGGGCCCUCAGUGAGUGGACAAGUGGGUACCACCAGGGAAGGGGACCAGGGCAGUGGAUGCAAAGGCCCUGUGGUACCCUGAAGGGAGCAUGAUAUGUCCUAUGCGGAGGCACAGGCUGACAUCCUGGGGCAGGGAAGUCCGAAAGGUGGGCACCGAGGGGCAGAUUCAGCCUAGCGGGGUGGGGGGUCAGCACUUUCCUCUGCUAGCUUUCAGCACGGGUGCACGAAGACCACCCUGGGGGUUGGGAAGGCACAGGCGGGUCGGGAAGGGGUCGGGUGCCUGGGCUGGUCAGGGCUGAGCAGGAGCAGGGCUCGAGGGCCCACGGCUGCUUAGUGGUCCUCCUGCCCUUCCUCCGGGGUCUGCAGGGGACACUGUGGCCCCAGGGGGAGGUGUGCAAGUGCGCCCACAGGGAGACGAUGGGGCGCUGUCCCUGGCUGUGCUGGGCGGGUGAGGACUUCACCAGCGGCCCCUCCUGCGCAUGCUGGCCACUCGGGGUGAGGGGGUCUGGAGGAAGGCCCCAGGCACGGUGGCCUCUUCUUGCCCAAGCUCCUCUGCAGGAUGAGAACUUUGGGAGUCCUGGGGAGGAGUUGCCUCCUGCAGGACCUUUGCCUGCCCUGGCCCCAGACUGGACCAUUACAGGCUGGGUGAAUUGGGCACCCCUCCCCGACAGCUCCGUCCCGUUCGCAAAGCGCCCAGGAGAUACGGGCACUUGCUGCUGAGCGGUCCUAGGACCCCAGGGACACAGCCAGGGGUCCCAGCCCUAGAUGGGCGGCAGCCGCGGCGGCGGGAGCGUGGCAGUACGGGCCCUCUGCCGUGAAGUCCAGCAGCAACCGGUGACGGAGCCCGGGCCGUGCCAGCACGACCACCGCCUGGCAGCCUCGUCCCGUCCCCGGCGCGGCCCCGCAGGGAUGUCCCGUCUUGCAGAUGGGACACGAAGGCUGAGGGAGCCCGAGGGACCGGCCCCCGGUGGCCCCUGGGUGCCCAGCGCGGUGCAGCACGGGAGCCGAGUCGCAGGGCCUCAGGCUCCCGUUGCCCCGCGGAGGCCAGGAGGCUGCGCCGUCAGGAACGCGGCUCGUGUGCGCUUCCGGCGGAUCCGUUCGCCGCUCGAUGUGCACCCUGUGCACCUGGUGCGGUUUCUGGGGCGGCGCGGCGGUGCUGCUGGGACGUGCAGGGGCCGCAGCCGUGCGCUCUGCCCGCAGACCGGCGGCCAUGACGACCCUGCUGGAGAUCAAGAGCAGCGUGCUGCGGCAGGUGCAGGCGUGCCCCACCUUCCGCCGGAGGGCCGAGGGAGAGCCGGCCGCCACCAACGCUGACCCCCCGGAGCCGGCCGCAGGGGCUUGGAAGCCCGGGGACGGCGUGGAGUUCUUCGCGCACAUGCGCCUCAUUCUGAAGAAGGGGGAGGGCAGACAGGGCCUGCCGUGCCCCGAGGUCCUCUUGCGCAGCGGUUCGCCAGCCCCUGCUGAGCCCGUGGACCCCAGCCGUGGCCUGAGAGCCCUGACCCAGGAGGAGGUGGAGAUGCUCUAUGAGGAGGCCUUGUACACAGUCCUCUACCGUGCAGGGACCAUGGGCCCUGACCAGGUGGAUGACCAGGAGACCCUACUGGGCUACCUUCAGCAGGUGUUUGGUACCAGCCCUGAGGAGCACACUGAGGCCAUUGAGCGUGUGAAGAAGGCCAAGGCCCCCACGUAUGCCCUGAAAGUCUCUGUCAUGCGUGCCAAGAACCUGCUGGCCAAAGACCCCAAUGGCUUCAGUGACCCGUACUGCAUGCUGGGUAUCCUGCCGGCCUCGGGUGCCCCCCGGGAGCCAGGGCCGCGCACGGAGCAGCGCUUCAGCUUCCGCAAAGGCAGCAAGCGUGGGGGUCCGCUCCCGGCCAAGUGCAUCCAGGUCACCGAGGUCAAGAGCAGCACCCUGAACCCUGUCUGGAAGGAGAACUUCGUCUUUGAGAUCGAGGAUGUCAGCACGGACCAGCUGCACCUGGAUAUCUGGGACCAUGACGAUGAUGUGUCUCUGGUGGAAGCAUGCAGGAAGCUGAAUGAAGUCAUCGGCCUGAAGGGCAUGAGCAGGUAUUUUAAACAGAUUGUCAAGUCGGCCCGUGCAAAUGGGACAGCAGGGCCCACGGAGGACCACACAGAUGAUUUCCUGGGGUGUCUCAACAUACCCGUCCGGGAGGUGCCCGUGGCGGGUGAAGACCGCUGGUUCAAGCUGGAACCACGCUCCAGCGCCUCCCGCGUUCAAGGAGACUGCCAGCUGGUCCUCAAGCUGAUCACCACACAGAGGGACACGGGCAUGAGCCAGCGCGGGCGGGCGGGCUUCCUGUCCUACAUGCUGCUGCUCAGUCGUCUCCUGCAGUUCGAGCACCGAUCCGAGGAGCCCAAGGCGAGCUGCUGGCGGGGAGAGCUCAGCGGGCCCGCGGCCACGAUCCUCUGCCUGCACGGCGCGCAGAACAACCUGUCGGCGCUGCAGCUGGCUGUGCUGCACUGGCAGGUCAGCAGCCGCCACCAUCAGACCCGGACCCUGGACUACGGCUACCUGCUGGGGCUGCUGGAGGACAUGCAGGCGCAUUGGGAAGAGGCGUCUUCGCUGCCCCAAGGGCAGGAGGAGAGCCUGGCUGACAGCUUCAAUGCCUUCUCCGAGUUUGGGCUGCGGCUGCUGCGUCAGCUUCGAGACUUCUUCCCCGCCACCAACAGCACUGCCGUCUACCGUCUGGAGCUGCUGCUCAAGUGUCUCAGCAAGAUGCAGAUCUUCCAGCCUUCCUUUGAGGUGUGCUCCUUCCGGACAGAACUAAACGCGGACAUCUCUGCUGCUCUGAAGAGAGGCAACCGUGAGUGGUAUGACAGGCUCCUGAACACCAAGAGUCCUCGAGAGCAGUCGGGGCCGCAGCGCCUCGCCGGGCUGGUCGAGCUGGCGGACGCCGUCUACGAGGAUCUGCAGUCCUGCUAUGGCAUCUACGCCAGCCUCUUCCACAGCAUCACCGACAUCGACUUCUUCACACUCACUUUCCGGCAGCUGGAGCGUCUGGUGGCCGAGGAGGCAUGGGUGCUGACGGAGGAGCUGAGCCCCAAGAUGACCCUCGAGGUGGCCUCAGGGCUCUUCGAACUGUACGUGACCCUGGCGGACAUCCAGCGUUUCUGGAGCAGCAUCCCCGGCCGGUGGGUGCCCUGCCCCAACCUAUCCCCUUCCCCCCACCUGCCCUGUCUGUCUCCUCCCACUGUUGGCCUCCCAGACCUGCACCCACUCCCACCUGUCCCGCAGCCUCCUCUAGGAGGCCUCUGGGACAGCCCGAGGGCCCUUGGAGGCAGGCUCUCCCGGGUGUCCCCUUGGGCCGGGACCCUGGGACGUGCCGGCUCAAGGUGUCGGAUUCCGGGCGAGCUCCCACUGGCCUCCUGCCACAGCGACAGCCGCUCCCUCGCCCUGGCUGGCAUCCAUGGCCCGUUCCUGCCCGCUGUGAAGCUUUGGCUGCAGGUGCUGCGGGACCAGGUCAGGUGGAGGCUGCAGGGAGCCGUGGAUGUGGACACGCUGGAGCCCAUGGACGCCUCCUCCAAGCACAGCAGUUCUGCGGCCACGGCUAGUCUCUGCUUCAGUCACAUCCAGGAGCUGUGGGCCCGCCUGGCAUGGCCGGACCCUGCCCAGGCCGAGGCCCUGGGCACCCAGCUCAGCCAGGACCUGUGUGCGGCCACCCUCUUCUACACUGAGCUGCUGCGGAAGAAGGUGGACGCUCAGCCGGGGGCCGCGGGCGAGGCAGUGAGCGAGCCACUCUGUGUGGUUCUCAACAACGUGGAGCUCCUGCGCAAGGCUGCCGGGCAGACGCUGCGGGGUCUGGCGUGGCCGGAGGUGACCUCGGGGCCCGAGGGGGUGCUCCCGCGCCCUCUGCUCGGCUGUGCACAGGCCCUGGACGAAGACCUGCAGCAGGAGGUCCACACCGUGACGGCGCACCUGACCUCCAAGAUGGUGGCUGACAUCAGGAAGUACGUGCAGCACAUCAGCCUGUCGCCCGACUCCAUCCAGAACGAUGAAGCCGUGGCCCCGCUCAUGAAGUACUUGGAUGAGAAGCUGGCCCUGCUGAAUACCUCCCUGGUGAAGGAGAACCUUAGCAGGUACAGCUUGGGGCGGUUGGGCCGGGGCGGGGCCUGGGGUCCCUUCACGGGCACGGGCAUGGGGUGUCCCUGCAGGGUGCUGGAGGCCCUCUGGGAGCUGCUCCUUCAGGCCAUCCUUCGGGCACUGGGGGCAAACCUCGAUGUCUCUGCCGAUUUCUACGGCCGCUUCCACUUUACGCUGGAGGCCCUGGUGAGUUUUUUCCACGCGGAGGGCCAGGGUCUGCCCCUGGAGAGCCUGAAAGACGGAAGCUACAAGAGGCUGGAGGAGGAGCUGCGCCUGCAUCAGUGCUCCACCCGCGAGUGCAUCGAGCAGUACUACCUGGACAAGCUCAAGCAGGUAGCGAGGCCCCGUGUGCGCACGCGCAAUGUGGGCACGCGGCCCCGCCCCCAAACCCCUGCGCCGCGGUCACUGGCGCAAGCCCUUCCGCAGAGGUCCCUGGAGCAGAAGCGGUUCGGGCGCCUGAGCGUGCGCUGUCACUACGAGGCAGCGGAGCAGCGGCUGGUGGUGGAGGUGCUGCACGCCGCGGACCUGCCCCCGCUGGACGCCAACGGCCUGAGUGACCCGUUUGUGAUCGUGGAGCUGGGCCCGCCACACCUCUUCCCGCUGGUCCGCAGCCAGAGGACCCAGGUGAAGAACCGGACGCUGCACCCCGUGUACGACGAGCUCUUCUACUUCUCUGUGCCGGCAGAGGCGUGCCGCCGCCGCGGUGCCUGCGUGCUGUUCACCGUCAUGGACCACGACUGGCUGUCCACCAACGACUUCGCGGGGGAGGCAGCCCUCGGCCUGGGCGGCGUCGGCGGCAUAGCCCGACCUCAGGUGGGAGGGAGCGCGAGGGCCAGGCAGCCCGUCACCUUGCAUCUGCGCCGGCCCAGGGCCCAGGUGAAGUCGGCACUGAGGAUGCUGGAGGGUCGCACCAACAAGGAGGCGCAGGAAUUUGUCAAGAGACUCAAGGAGCUGGAGAAGUGCAUGGAAGCGGACCCCUGAGCCCCCGCCCGGCCCUCCCCCAGUCCUGCCCCGCAUCAGCUUUGUGCAGUGGGGCUCAUGCUCCCCCGUGUGGUGUGCGUGCUGCCCCGGCCGUGUCUGUGUGGUGUGUACCGUGAACCCCUUGCGUCCAGUGAGCAGCCCCCACCCUGGAUCUGGGGGUAACUCGCGGGGCCUGGCCACCCGGCAAGCUUCUCUAUCUGCAACCUUAGCUUGUGCAGCCCGCGCAGGGUUCCCGGAGGGGUGGCUCUGCUCCCCAGGAGACAUCAGGCUACGACUGGAGGCGUUUUCGGUGGUCACAGCUACUACUGAAGGAGGUGCCACGGCACCCAUGGCGAGACCAAGGACGCUGCUGGAAGUCCUGCGGUAAAUGUGACAGCGCCCUCCGCCCAGCAAGGAACAGCCCGCCCCAAACGUUACCAGUGCCACAGCCCUUCUCAGAGGAAGCACGGUCUUCGCUUUGUGGGGUGGGGAGUGUGGCAGGGCCUCGCAGGCCAACAGGAGGGAUGGCCCAGGUUUGAGUCUGGACAACCCCAGCUGUGGUGGGAAACCGCUCUCAGGUGUCCUGGUGGAGGGACAAAGUGAGCGUCUGGGACCCUUCACCCUCACCCGAGGGCACACACAGAGGUUUGCUAAGCAGCGCCCGGGUCUCCACCUGGCUCCUAGGCCUGGGGGAGGGUGCCCCCACGUCACUGUGAGGCCGGGACCUCAUGCAAGGUCGAUCGGUCAGGGUGAGGGGCCCCACGUCGGCCACUCAGCUGUGCAGUUACUGUCCCUCCGUGUGCGCACACGCGUGCCCAUGCAAGAUGGGCCCCGAGCCCGGCACCCCACCGUCUAGCGGCCCAGACCCUUCCCGUCCGACUCGGCCUCGCUGGAGACUGAGAGUCCCCUCCCCCCCAUCCCCAGGGCAAGUGCAAAGAAACAGGCUCACACCGGGGUCUCCUGGCUUGCAGCUUCACUGGGAGGGCUCGAAGGCCCCAGAGCACAGCUGUGUCAGAACCGCGGGGACACAGUCCAGGGCCACUCGGUGUUGAGAGGGCUGAGGCUGCCAGCCUGUCUGUAUCUCCACAAAUCCUGCCGCUCUCUCUCGAGUUUCUAUUGCUCCGCCUCAAAAAAUAUACGUGUCUGCAACCUUUA